UAAUCCAACGUUCUCACGUGAUACGUUUUUAAAAUGGCGGAUUACAUCUGACUGUAAACAUAAGGAUUUUCUUUCAAACAGAUAACACUCGUUUGUGUGAAGAACCUAACUCUUAAAUAAACAUAGGAUGGCAACUUACUUUGUCGAACCUGGAACCAUUGACAGUCAUGUGGAGAUGACAACUUGGAUUUCUUCUACAACCAAUGGCUCAGCUUGCAAUAAAACAGAGAGUGACAUAUCCCAUGGGUUUGGGUUUUUGGCGGCUGGUGUUGCGAUUCUUUUGUUUGGAACCAACUUCGCCCCGGUGAAAAAGUUUGAUACUGGAGAUGGAGUGUUUUUCCAGUGGAUAAUGUGUAUUGCCAUAUGGAGCGGUGGAUUAGUAGUUCAACAGAUCCGAAAAAAUCCUCAAUUCUACCCAUUAGCCAUGCUUGGUGGAUUUUUCUGGGAAACUGGCAACAUGUGUGUUGUCCCCAUCAUCAAGACUAUCGGCCUAGGUCUGGGUAUGUGCAUUUGGGGGAUGACCAAUCUUCUCAGUGGAUGGGCGACGGGCAGGUUUGGGUUGUUUGGAACAACGGCUGAUCCUCCCACAAACCCUGUGUUGAAUGAUAUUGGAGUCAUCCUGGCUGUCUUAAGUGCGGUUCUGUUUUCCAUGGUGAAGAAUACCAUCAGCACAGAGGGGCUGGACCAGACUGUUACCCUUAGCGAUGUUAAUGAAACCAGUCCACUCAUUCAGAGAAUUCCCCCAGGUACAUUGAAUGGGUCUGUACACAUGCCGAAACAAUCGGAAGAUCAUGACGUAAUAGUCUUUCCAAAAGCAAAAAGACAGAAUAAGGAUGGCUCCAUAGCAGACAGUGGGGAAGUUCAAAGCGGUUCUUACAUUGACAGGAUGAGCCCAGGUGCAAAAAGAAUUUUUGGCAUUUCCCUUUCCUUGGUGUCAGGGGUGUUCUAUGGCCAGAUGUUCACGCCCUCCAUCUACAUAAUGGAUAACUACAUGGUUAAUAAUGGAACAGAAAAAGUUAGUCAAGAAGCUCUUGAUUAUGUGUUCUCAACUUUCACUGGUAUCCUUGCAACAAGUACCGUAUACUUCCUCAUAUAUGCUGCCAUACAAAAGAACCAACCAAAGGUGUAUCCCAGAGCGAUUCUUCCUGGAUUCGUAUCAGGCCUGAUGUGGUCCAUUGCAUGUUCCGGUUGGUUUGUGGCCAACAAGGUCCUAUCGGAGGCGGUUGCCUUUCCAAUUAUCAGCACGGGUCCUGGUGUAAUAGCCUCCAUUCUCGGUGUUUUUGUCUUCAAGGAGAUUACGGGUCGCAGGAAUAUUUUAAUGCUGUUGCUAGCGAUGUCCGUCACUAUCACUGGAUCAAUUCUCUGUGGUCUCUCCAAGAAAGCACCUUCCUGCUAACCAUACUUGAGCCAGUUAGUUUGGAAUAUGAAAGGCAGAAUUCAUGAAAUUAACUUAAAGCCUGGGAUGUGAACCUUUUAGUUUCUUUAUCAAAAGUUUCUACAAGUUGUUUUCUACAAAUUGCAUAACUUAUGGUUUUACAUCUAUACAAACACAAUGAUCAAACCUAACACAAGACCUAAAGCCUUGCACUGGUAAAUUUUAAACGAGAUUUUUCUUACUUUGAUAAAAUAUACCGGUAAUAACGGAGGACGUUUACCCUUGUCUUGGUUUUUAAAAAUAAUAUUAGUAAUUCAGUAAUUGCUUGAUUGAUACUUAUUUUAACUGCUGAAAACAAAUUGUAAUGUCCAACUUCAUAUGUGUGAUACAUAAAUGUAUGACUUAUUAGAAGCAAGGGCCCAUCUCUCAGGGCGACAUUUCAUGUCAGGAAUUUGUUUACACUUGUGAAAAAGUUUGUGCACAUGUUUGUAUAUUAUUUAGGAAACUCUUAACUAUUGAUGAAACUAUGUAUAGUAAAGUAAUUUCAGCCUUAUUUCCCCCCCUUCACCCCCCCCCCCCCACCCCCCACCCACAAAAAAAUGUAUGUAUAUAUUCUCGUGGACAGGCAGACAUAUUUUAGAUCAAGAUAUUUUAUUGUGAAUCAAUGCUCAAUGGAGGGUCUUUAUUCUAAAACUCAUGAUCUAGGCCUUUAUCAAACCCAGUCUUAAUAUUAUGAAUGUAUUGGUUGUUUGUGUGUUGUAGUUCAAACAUUGUAACAAUGCAAAUUAUACUUUGUAAUGGUCAGUUCCAUGUCAUUUAUAAGAUUCCUACACUAUGUCAGGUUGUUGUAACUUAUAGGGAUUACCAUUUUAAAUAUGCACCUUGUUUUGAGUGCAAGGCAUUAAAUAUUAAAAUUAUUAUCACAAAGUCUCUUCACCAUUUGUAAAAACAACUUUUUUAUUUAUUACGAUAGGUUCUCUUUAUAUUUUUAAACUAUUAACAAAAGUUAUAUCUUCACAAGAAAAAUGAUAUGCUUUGUACAUUUCACAAUACAAUUUAUGCGCAUUAUCAAAUAUGCAAUUGUGAUAUAAAUAAAAUACUCUUACAUUUUAUUUUUUUGUGGAAAUAUGUAUGUUAAUUGUAUGUAAUUACUUAAGUAAAUAAUUAUGUGCCGAACAGUUCAACAACUGUGUUUACUUUUUAGGAAAUUGGAUUGAAUAUUAUACAUGUAUUUGAUAUAUAGAAAACUAGAGCACUAUACAUAUAUAGUUUUUAUUUGGUUGCAAAUUAUUAUAUUUUUUUAACUGUUUGUAUUUGUUUAUGAUCAAACAUACCAAUUAUUAAUCCUGUAUGAUUUGAUAUGCCCGGUGGAUAUUUUUAUGAUAUUCAUAGAUAUUGUAUUCCAUAAAAAAAAAUGUUUAAGUAAACAAAAAACGGUUGUCAGAUUGGUGUGUGAAAUGCAAUAAUAAAAAGGACUUACACUGUUGUAGUAUAAUAUAUGCUUAUGUAGUAUGUUUUAUUACCGAAAUGCUGCCUGUUCGUGCAUAUUGUACUAAUUACACUAUAAAAGUGAAAACAAAUGUCAGGACGAGCAAAACUAUUGAACAUUAUCUUUGUACCUUUCUGUAGCAGGUACAUCGGUUUAACACUCAAUCCUCACUUUGGAAGCGGUAAACACAAUCUGCAAACUCGGUAUUGCAAAUUCAAGUUUAUUUAUCAAAGUAUUUUAGUCUGUAAAUCUCUACAUAUUUCCACUGUAAGUUGCUUCACAUUUUGAAAGCGUGAAACCAUUGUAUCUUUAUAUAAAAAAUAGCAAUCAGUCUUUGAUUUGCAUUUUACUAUAAAUAUAUAAUUGUCA